AGCCUGCGAUGCCUUUCCCGCCCCCCGCCCGCCAAGGCGCUCGCGUUAGUUAGUCGCGGCUCGAGCCCCCGGGUCGCGUCUGGAAUGGCGGCGGGCAAGUGGGAUCUAUCCUGUGACUGACUGACUUUCUGGAAGAGUGAAACACAUUAUAGGCUGAUUAGAGGCUCAGCAAACACUGGUACCUGUUCUGCCCUUGCUUCAAGUGGCCAAGCAGAAGCAGUGAGGUCACUUAAAAACAGAGACCAACGGCAUCAUGGAAGACAGCUCUCCACAUUCCUUUGGGCUUGGUGUAUAUCAUAAUCAUAAAGUGACUCUUGUUAAUGAUACAAUCCCCAGGGCUAAAAGGCCCUUAGACUUACUGGAGGAGGAUGAGCCCCUGCAAUCAGAUGCUAAGAAACGGCGCCACUUGAGUAAUUAUUGUAGCACUCCAUGUCCUUCAAAGAAACUACCGCUGUGCUCCCCAGAUUCUGCCUGCUUUUUAGGCUCCUCAGGCUGUCUGGAUGAUACUGAGCUGGAGAACAUUGUCAUCAGAGUUAGUCUUCCAGAAGACAGUGUGGUAGCCCUUUCUGUGAAUACAGCCAGAUGUUUUGAUGAUAGUGAGCCAGAUGACUCUUUGCUGGAACCCUCGGAUGAUGAACAAGGGAACUCUCCCUUCAAUUACACUGAGGAAGAAUGUAGGGAAAUGUUAGCAGAUGAUUGCUUAGGAGAUUACCAGAACUCUACUGGAGAGAGUGCUUUAGUGAAUCAAGAUGUAUGGGGACAAAGUGAGAAGGAAGUGAGUAGCAACUGUAGUUUGGCAUCAUUCCCCCCUGAAGACACAGAGACAUCAUUCAGGACCAUAGAUGAGUUAGUAAGUAAUGAGUGUCUCUCUCAGACUGAUUCUUCAGUUAAUCCUGGAUAUUUUCAAAUUCUUGAGGAUGAAACAGCUAAUCCUGAGGGUAAAGGAUGCUUGAAUGUGGACUGCUUGAAAUCAAAUCAAGUCACUUGUACACUAUUUGAUUGUGAUCUUCAAGGGCCUCUAAAUCUUUCCCCAACUGAUGCAGACUCAGUAGAUCAGCCAAAAGGGGAUGAUGGCUUGGAGGAAACCAGCAAAAAAGCUUCACAAGUAAUGAGAGAUGACCAUCUACAAAAUGCAAGCAAGCAAAGUACAGAGUGUGAUGAAAUCAGUUCUAAUAGCUUGGUUGUUGAAGAGUCCCUUGAGUGCCUGGCUUGUAAAGAGCACCACAGUGGAGACCUGGAUAGUGUGGAAAAGCUGCCAUCAGAAAUCAAAGAAUCAUCUCCCUUCUAUGAUGCACACACUAAAACUUCCACGUACUCUCCUGACCCUGCCUGUGGUCAAAGUAAGGAUAAAAUGGAGAAUCCAGCACCUGUACUGCUACUGCAUCCGAAAACCUCUAAUGUCAUCUUAAAUCAGGAACCUUCCAAAGGAACAGACAAUGGAUUAUCAGGGACCUUUGGCUCUCAGAAGGAAGAUUUGAGCCAGGAAUCCACAUCUGUUGAAGAAUUGUCAGACAAUCCUAAAUUAAACUCUGUAGCCUUAGACUGGAACUGUGGAGAAGACAGUGCCUGUGGGAAGAAGUUAGGCAAAGUCAUUCCUGUGCCACAGGUGGAAGAAAGACCAAAACAACGGAUAUGCAUUUCCGAAGCAGAACUUGAGCAAAAGAAGCGUAUUUAUAUCCAAUGUGUGCGUGCCCAUGUAAAGAAGUCCAUGGAUCCUACACCAGAUGCAUUAAAUGAGUUGUACGCUCUGAUGAAUAAGGUUGCCAGCAGGGAGUACCGAACCCAGGACCGCAGAUGGCAGCAUCCAUUAGACCUCACCAUGAGAAAAUACCCAAGGUUCUCCAAAAAACCCACCCAAAAGUGCAGCCUUAAGCAAUGGGUGAGCCGGAACUUGGCCCACCACCGUCGCUUCCAGGACAUUCCUGACCACUUCCAGCGCAGCUCUGUCACAGCAUCCUCCAAUGUCUGAGCUACUUGUUACUGAGGGAGUGUGCUCUGUUUUUUUUUCUCCAUUUAAAGUUAGUUUUUAACUGUCCUGUAGUUUAGCUGUUUGUCUCUUGAUUGUUUGACCUAUGGAUUGUUCUGUUUUUUAAUAAGGCCAGUUUGAGGAUUUUGUGCGUCUUUGUUUUGGAGACCUUCAGAACCUCCUUUUAAAUACAGGUUAAAUAUGGGAUCUGUUCGGUACAGGUAACUCUUUGUAGCAUUUCUUAUCAGUAUUUUCCUUUGAAACAAAAGCAAGCUUUCCAGAGAGCAACUGACAAGCAAAGGUAUCCCCACUGUUCAAAAGGGAGUCACACCUAACAAGAAAUCUAAUGGAUAUAAUGCUUCAGCUAUGGGAGCCGGAUGAUUUAGAAUGGAAAUCUUUUUGCCAGAGCCUGAGCUCAGAACAAAGCUUUUAAGUUUUUUGGGUUUUUUGUCGGGGGGGGGGGGGGGACUGCUAGGUUCCCUUUGGACACCAUUAAUGUUGGAAUCACCUGUGUGGUCGAUGUCCUUUUUAUGAAGGUUGACAAAGGCAGUGUUCUGGGUUGACAUACCAAGUUGGCAUAAAUUAAGAGGCAAUUGGAGAACAGCCUGUUUUCCCUAUUCCUCAAAUUUACUUGCCUCCCUUGUUUGUCAUCUUCAGUUAUAAGCUUUUCUUUGUAAAAUGUUACAUGUAGAUUUGCACUUUGUUGAUAGUGUUUAUAAAUAAUUUGCACUUUC